ACUUCCAGCAAACCUUCUUCCUUGGCCUCUGGAGGAACCGUCGUAGCCACCGCAUCGGCUUCCAAGACCUGCUUUCCGGCUAAACUGCCACGGUGGCCGCCGCAGAAACUUCCCUUGUGCUUCGCUCUGUUCAUAGCCGUUCCCAGGCGACUGCCGCAGUUCGAGCGGUGGUAGCGGCCGACAUGUUGUGAGGCGGCGGCGCGGGUGUCUGAAGGAUGGUUUGGCUGAGGCGGCGGCAACGGCUGCUAGCGGGGGCGGCAGCUGGGGCUCGAGCUCUGUAGAGCCUUGCCUGCUGGGUGUCCGCCCAGCGCCGUGGCAAGGCUUGUACCUCCGGAUCCUGCCCGGCUUCGGCGCCGAGGACCGGUUAGGCGACAGCUCCCGCCCCUUUGAGAAGACGUGAAGGUGGUUCCCAGCCACUCAGAUUGUCGGACUACCUUGCUGUCCCCUCCGCAAGCUGGACAGUGGUCUCCUCAGAGUCCUUACCUCCCCCCAUUUCCUCUCAAACUCUCCCUAAAUCUGUCAAGAGUCUAGUGUUCCGCCCUGCUGAGCCCGGUUGUACUCCCUUCCUCGUUUUCUCUGUCCUCUUCUAAGAGUACUCUGGGGAUCAUUAUCGGAGGCGGCCUUUUUGAGAAGUCUCUGUGAAAUAGUGGACCAGAGCCAGCGAGUUUUUAAAAGUCAGAGCUCGGAAAGACAGGAAGGUACGAUGGCUUCCUCAUCUGGCAACGAUGAUGAUCUCACUAUCCCCAGAGCUGCUAUCAAUAAGAUGAUCAAAGAGACUCUUCCCAAUGUCCGGGUGGCCAACGAUGCCCGAGAGCUGGUGGUGAACUGCUGCACUGAAUUCAUCCACCUUAUAUCAUCUGAAGCCAAUGAGAUUUGCAACAAAUCAGAGAAGAAGACUAUCUCACCAGAGCACGUCAUCCAAGCACUAGAAAGUUUGGGCUUUGGCUCUUACAUCAGUGAAGUAAAAGAAGUCUUACAAGAAUGCAAGACGGUAGCAUUAAAAAGAAGAAAGGCCAAUUCUCGUUUGGAAAACCUUGGCAUUCCUGAAGAAGAGUUAUUGAGACAGCAACAGGAAUUAUUUGCAAAAGCUAGACAGCAACAAGCAGAAUUGGCCCAACAGGAAUGGCUUCAAAUGCAGCAAGCUGCCCAACAAGCACAGCUUGCUGCUGCCUCAGCUAGUGCAUCUAAUCAGGCAGGAUCUUCUCAAGAUGAAGAAGAUGAAGAUGAUAUCUGAAAUUCACCAGCUGAGUUUCUGUUUCCUCUAUAAAUGUUUUUUCUUGUACAACAAACAGUGAAGAAAAUGCUUAUCUGUAAUUUUGUAUGCAUCUUUGUGGACUUACCAUUGAUAUUCUAAGGAUGUCUGCUGUUAAGUUUCAUCUGUUAUGUGCUAUACGUAUAAAAACUGUCUCUUUGAACUGUUGGAAAUUUAAGGCUCAAUAUAAUAAUUUUGAAUUUUUAAAAGUGUUUAUGAAAUUUUAGAUAGCAAUGAGCCCUUUAUUUGAUCAGUAAACAGUGUUAAAGAAAGCUUCAGGUUCAUAAAAAUACAGUGAAAUUUAUAUAAAAGCUCUUAAUCUGUAUUUGCAACUGCUCUGUCCUUUUAACUAAACAAAAAUUGGGAAUUUUAAAUUGAGGUUUGGUGUGGUAUGAGGCAGAAUACAUUGGAUCAGAUUGGUUAAAAAAAAAGAGUUCAGUUCUAUAGUAUCUGAAUUUUUUGUGUUUUAAAAAGAGUAUAUAUACAGACAAUGAAUAUAUAUAUAUAUACUCAGAUACAUAUACUUGUUUAGAGGAACUUCAGAAUAAGACAUUUAAAAACUAGAAAGUGUGUUCGGUAGUAGUUGUAUAAAUUUGCUGUUAUUUUUUAAUUUUGCUUUGUGUAGAGGUAAAAACUAGUUUUAUUACAGCAUAAUUUAUCUUGAGCUAAGCUAUUACAUUUCAAAGACUGCCCAAUUUUGAGACUGUCAUGAAUCUAUUUCACUCCAGUUCAGAAUAUUAUUACUUCUUUAAUCCAUCCAUGUUUAUAUUAUUCAGAUACAUAAUUGGAACUUGCUAAACAAUUACUUGGGUUCCAUUGGUUUAACCAAGGUUUAUAAAUAUUCAGACCUUUGCCAGGGAAAGGAAAUGAAAGCUAAUGAGCAUGCUUGCUAUGAAAGAGGGUCCCCCUCCUUUUUUUUUUUUUUAAUUUAACUUAUAGCUGUAGUUUACUUGUUUGCUUUCAGCGUUACAUUUACAUUUUCUUGACUAGAUGGCCUAGAAUCCACUGCUACCUUUUGAAAUGGUAUCAUUGUCUUCUUCAUCAUAAUUGAAUGAUAGCUUUAAAAAAAGUUGGGUUUUGUUGAAGGAAGUGUGUCAUAAUGUAUCACCCCUAUUUGAAACAGAUAGUUUCAACCUGCUUAUUAAAAGGGAGAAGCUUUAAUUUGGUUCCAAUAAAUAAAGAAUGAUAGUGAUUGUUAUAGGAAUCUAGUAUAUAGAGAAAUUGCAUAUUGUUUGUAUUUGGGGAACACAAAGUAAAGCCAAUUAACAUGAUAUAAAGUUAAUUAAAUUCUUAUGUCAGUUGCCAAAUCAUUUACAUUUCUAUAUUUACCAAGCCCCAAAAUAGAUUCUAGUUGCAAGGAUUCCAAUUUUAAUUGAAGAACUAAAUAAGUAAAAUUUAUAAGUAUUAGAUAUGUUAAUGAUUAUAUUUUACAGUUUUAGAAAAAGGGGAAUAGUGUUAUAUAUUUAUCAAAUACACUUCGCCCACAUAAUGAGGUUAGUAAUUUUGAUGAAUAUUCAGUUGAACUUACUUCAUGGAUAUUAUACCCAUAAAGUGUAUUUGGAAGGAAUUGUUUUUUAAAAAGUAAAGUACCAAAGGUAGUCUAGUCUAGGGAAAUAAUAAGUGUUGGCUUUACUAAUUUGUACUGUAACAUCCUUAUACUUUCUAUUUUACAUGUAUCUAUUUCUCAAGUAAAUAACUUAGGUAUUUUUCCAUACCUUUUUCUUUCUGAUGCAGAGUUCAGGUUAAUGUUUUACUGCAUCUGAUAAUGUAUUAUAUGUUUGAAACCUAGUGACUUUUCAUUUUGACAUUCUUGUGAUUUCAUAUGCUGUAUUCUUGAAGCAAUAAAAUUCUGAUGUGUUUUAUAAA